UUGAUCACCACAUGGAUGUGGCUGUUUCUGUCUGCACCAUUUUGUCAUGCCACAGCUCCAGAGACGUUCUCUGUGCAGGUUCCUGACGGUCCCUUCUCAGCUAAGCUGGGAUCCUCUGUGGUUUUUCCCUGUAGUCUCUCUCCUUCCUUCAGUGCUGUGGAGCUGGAGGUGCGCUGGUACAGGCCCAAUAAAUUCAACACCCCAGUUUUAUUCUACAAGGAUCUGAAGAUCCAGGAAAGUCCUGUAGACCCUCAGUGCAGUGACAGAGUGUCUCUGAUAGGGAGACUGGAGGAGGGGAAUGUGUCUCUGAAACUGGAGAACAUCACACUGUCAGACAGAGGAGAUUAUGAGUGUCAUAUCAGUAGUGGUGUUUGGUAUGACAAGGGUACAACAUCACUCACAGUAAAUGUACUGGGCUCUGAACCAGUCCUCUCAGUCACUGAGACAGGAGAACAGGUGAAUGUGACCUGUGUGUCAGAUGGUUGGUCAACACAACCCACAGUAACCUGGAGAGACAGAGAAGGGAGAGAGAUCAAACACAACAGUCAUGUGAUGUAUAAGAAAGAUAGUGAUGAUCUGGUGCGUGUGAGUUCUUGGCUGCUCUUCUCUCCCUCUGAGUCAGAGUGGAUCUCCUGCUCUGUCAGUUUAUCUGAUCAGGAGGAGAGAGAGGGCAGAGCAAUGCCAGUCAGGACAAAAAUGUCCACAGCAUCCAAAACUCCAUGGAGAGCUUUUGUCGUCAUGCUGGUCAUCAGUCUGUUGUCCUUGAGUGUUGUAUGCAUCCUUCUCUUCAUUUUAUACAAAAGGACACACCAUCAAAAGUCAGCAGCAGCCCCUUGGGAACCAGUGGGCACAGAUGCAGCAGGUAUGUGGCAAUACUUUCAUGUAUACUUGGGUACUUCACACGAACACAUACAUACACAAUAUGUAGGGAAUACCAAUGACAUAACUCAUUUCUACAUGAAGGCAACCUGAAAGCUGCUUUUCAUUCAGUGGUUGGUAUCUUGAUUAGGUCUUUCUUAUCUUGCCAUUUGGUAAAAAAAAAAAAAA